AUGGCUGGUCGCUCAGUUUUCCCUCUCGUUUCCAUGAUCCUGGUGGCAGGUGCCCUGGUCUUCAUGUUCUUCAUCAUCUUUGGCGGCGUCUUCAAUCAUUCACCCGUCAACAAAUUCUACUUACUCGAGGCGAGCACAAGUAAGAUUACUGGUGCCCCUACGACCUCACGAUGGGGAUAUUGGAAUGUCUGCGGCGUGCAGAACGGACUCACUGUCUGUAAUAAAGCCAAAUCAUUUUCCAAGAUCCAUCCGGCAUUCCCACUGGAUCCUGCGUCGCACCGGAAUUUCGACACUACCACCGGUGUCCCAUCAGACUUCAUCAAACAUCACUCCUUCUACUACUACAUGACCCGCUUCAUGUUCGCGUUCAUGCUCAUUGCGCUCUUCUUCAGCGGUAUGGCGCUCUUGACUGGAGUUCUUGCCCUGUGCACCAGAAUCGGCAGCUUCAUGAGCGGACUGAUGACCAUGAUCGCGGCGUUCUUCCAGUGCGCCAACGCGACUCUGAUGACUGCUGCUUACGUCAAGGGUCGCAACAACUUCCGCCAGAAUGGCCAAACCGCGCAGAUUGGCAAGUACGCUUUCGGCUUUGAGUGGGCUGCUUUCGCCUGCCUCUUCAUCUCGAUGAUCCUCUUCUGCGUUGGCGGUGCCGCCGGACGAGAUAAGGGCGCUUCUUCAGGCCGCCGCUUCGGAGGUCGACGAAACAAGAGCACAAGGAGCACGAAGAGCCGUGGUAGCUUCGUCCAUGACAAAGAGUACGGAUCGUGA